AUGCUUUCAGUUGAGUCCCAAUCUCGCCCCUCAAAGCGUGGGACGGGAAAGGCCGCGCCACAGGAAAUAACUGAGGGCUGCCAAAGGCCUCAGGAGGCCGCCCUGGCUCCGGAGGGAAGACUGGCUCGCCUCCGUACAAUCAAGAGGAGCCCUGUGCUCUCCGCCGACUUGUGCUCGCCGGCUGCACUCCACCACCCCCCGCCCCCCUCGGUGACCGCAGGCGAGCGGGCGUCGCUUGCCCGAAUCCGGGUACCGUCGGCGAUUCGGGUCGGCCCCUUCCGGCUCGUUCCGGGAGCUCACCGGGCGCAGAGCGGGAAUUCGGCCCCGGCGCCCAGCGUGAGUAUGCAGCUCCUGCAGUUGCUGCCGCCGCGAGGACUGCGGCUCUGGGCGCUCCGCACCUCCGCAGGCCUGGCUGCUGCUGCUCGAGCCGUGGUUGUCCUCCGAGGCCUCCGCCCCCCGCACCGCCCUCGCGCACAGCCCGCCGGCCCCGGGCUCCGCCCCGGCCUCCUCCUCGCGCCCAGCACUGGCCUGCAAAGCUGGAAUAGCGCCACCAGUGAAGAUCUGUCGCCCGGUUGCGCUGCAACGAUGGAACUCCCCGAAGCGGUCACUGAUGUACCUCAAAUAAAUUUGAAGAUAAGUGAAGAAAAUGAAUGUAUCAGGAAAGAUCAAAUAAAGAAGAAAAAAAAGCGUAAAGAUUAUCAGCCCAACUAUUUUCUGUCCAUUCCAGUCACCAACAAAGAGAUUACAAAAGGAAUUAAGAUCCUGCAAAAUGCAAUAAUACAACAAGAUAAGCGACUGGCCCAAGCAAUGGUCAGUGAUGGUUCCUUUCAUAUUACCCUGCUAGUGAUGCAAUUAUUAAAUGAAGAUGAAGUAAACAUGGCUAUUGAUGCACUGUUGGAAUUAAAACCAUUCAUAGAAGAAAUCCUGCAAGGAAAACCUUUGACUUUGCCUCUUCAAGGUGUUGACACUUUUAGCGAUCAGAUUGGCUAUGUAAAGCUGGCAGAGGGAGAGCACAUAACCCCACUUUCAGAGAUAGCAGAGGGUGCCAAAAGGACAUUUCAAGCAAAAGGCAUCUUGGCAGGAGACAGCAGAAGUUUUAAGCCUCAUUUGACCUUCAUGAAAUUGUCAAAAGCACCAUGGCUCCGUAAGAAUGGAGUGAAAAAAAUAGACCCUGAAUUCUAUGAAAACUUUAUCAGUCACAGAUUUGGAGAAGAAAUCUUACAUCGUAUAGACCUUUGUUCCAUGGUGAAGAAAAAACAAAGCAAUGGUUAUUAUCACUGUGAGUCUUCCAUUGUGAUUGGUGAAAAGAACGGAGGGGAGCCUGAUGAUGCGGAACUGGUAAGGCUCAGUAAAAGGCUGGUGGAGAACGCGGUGCUCAAGGCUGUCCAGCAGUAUCUGGAAGAAACACAGAGCAAAAGCAAGCCGGGGGAUGGGAGCUCUGUGAAGCCUGAAGAGGCUGAUAGGAAUAUCAAUGACAGUGAUGACAACAGGAAAUGAGACCUGAGCCCUGGGUCCACUGCUCUGGGAGAAGCAUCCCUGUUCCCCUCUGCUAAGUCGUGGGACUGACCUGAGUUACGCUGCUUAAGGGUCUCGUGGAAUCUGAGGAGCCUGUUUAAUACUUUCAUGAUAGAUGUGUUUGCUUUUCUG